AACAUACUGUCAAGCCUAUUAUCAGUGUUUAUUUACUGUAUAACCUGAACAAAUACUAGAAAUAUUUAUUUCACUCAGGUUAAACGAUUUAAAACCUAUUAAAUAUACCCAUAUUUCAAAAUGAGUACGUCCUUUACACGGAGCGCACAGGUCAUCGAACAAAAUGGCAUGUAAAGUGGAUUUAUUAAACGAAUGACAGAUUUUGUGAAAACGAGGGUUAAAGUGUAUUGAAAAGUCAUUUUAUAAUGGCAGAACUUUUGUCAGUACAUGUUCACAUCCCACAGAAAGAUGACAUUUGGCAGUUAAAGUCACAGGGCCCUGGUUUGAGCAGAAAUUCAAGUGCACAACAAUUUGACAAUAAACUGAAGUAUAACCUCCCAAGAAAAAGGACUUUGGAUAUAGAAUUCAGGGAUCUUAAAUACUCAGUGAAAGAUGGACAUCACAAGAAAGGACGAAAAGAAAUACUCAAGGGAAUCUCUGGGCGUUUUAAGUCUGGAGAGUUGACGGCAAUUAUGGGUCCUUCAGGGGCCGGCAAGAGCUCCCUUAUGAAUAUUCUUGCAGGUUACAGAAUAAGUGAUAUUGAGGGAGAUAUUUUGGUGAAGGGUAAGACACGGAACCUGAGAUCAUUCAGAAAAUACUCAUGCUACAUUAUGCAAGAUGACCACUUACUGCCACACCUGUCUGUUGAAGAAGCCAUGAUGUGCUCAGCCAAUCUCAAGUUAGAUGAGAGCAUGCCACAGGCAGACAAAGAGAAAGAGGUACAUGAUAUAUUGGAGACCCUGGGUCUGUCUGAACACAAGAAGACAAGAGCAAGCAAUCUCUCAGGUGGUCAGAGGAAACGGCUGUCUAUAGCACUGGAAAUGGUGAAUAAUCCACCAAUCAUGUUCUUUGAUGAACCAACCAGUGGAUUAGACAGCUCAUCGUGUUUCCAGUGUAUAUCACUACUGAAGAAUUUGGCAGCAGGAGGCAGAGUUAUUAUAUGUACAAUACAUCAACCCAGUGCUAAGCUCUUCAUGAUGUUUGACCAUUUGUACAUGUUAACUGAUGGGGAAGUUUUAUAUAAGGGUGGUGUGAAACAGAUGUUGCCUUACUUGAAGUCCAUGGGCCUAGAAUGCCCACCAUACAAUAACCCAGCAGACUAUGUGAUGGAAGUUGCUGCUGGUGAUAGUGGAGAGGAAAAUGUCCACAUGUUGAUGAAUUCUGUCAAGUCAGGCAACUUGGACAAGUUUCUAGCCAACGAGACAGUAAAUAAUUCUAACAGGUCAUCGAACACAAGUAUAAACACAGAAAGUGAACUUGGAGACUGCAUACAGAUAGAUGCUAACGAGAACACGAAGCUUCUUGCCGUUUCUGAUGGAAAUGCUUCCUAUAUACCUGCUGAUGAUUUCAUGACGGACGGCCAAGACAAUUCCUCUGAGAGUUGCUCACAGAGCUCAAGCGCUGUGUCGACACCCGACAGUCAGUCUCAAGCAUCGCGCUCAACAGAAUCUGAUUCCUCACUAACCGAGGAAAUAGCAGGUGACCAUGAAUGCCAUACGUUCAACACAUCAUGUUUUACACAGUUCAAGAUCCUGUUUAUACGUACAUUUAUGUCUAUAAUGAGAGAUGCUACCUUAACUCGACUGAGAUUGAUCUCUCAUCUCACUGUGGGAAUUCUGAUUGGUGUGCUAUAUUUAGGCAUUGGGAAUGAAGCCACAAAAGUUUUCAACAAUGCUGGAUGUCUGUUCUUUUGUAUGCUGUUUCUGAUGUUCUCGGCUUUGAUGCCAACCGUGCUGACAUUUCCUAUGGAGAUGACAGUAUGUGUGAGAGAACAUCUCAACUACUGGUACAGUCUCAAAGCCUACUACUUGGCAAAAACUAUGGCAGAUAUGCCAUUUCAGAUAAUAUUCCCGCUUAUAUAUGGCAGUAUAGUGUACUGGAUGACAUCACAGCCGAGUGAUUUCAUGCGCUUUGUGAUGUUUUUGACAUUACUCACACAGACAUCUUUAGUUGCACAAUCUCUGGGACUUCUUAUUGGAGCGGCAACAUCUUUACAGGUUGCUGUAUUUUUGGGACCAAUCACUGGUAUACCUCUGUUAAUGUUUAGUGGAUUUUUUGUCAAUUUUGACACAAUACCUAUUUACCUUCAGUGGAUCACAUAUAUGUCAUACAUCAGCUAUGCUUUUGAGGGUGUACUGCAGGCAGUGUACGGUUUCGACAGAGAGGCGUUAGAGUGUGAAAAAGCAGCGCAGAGUCCAGAAUGCCGAUAUAUGAAGUCUGAAACCAUACUCACAGAACUUGAUGUUGACGAUGCAAAGUUUUACGUCGACUUUAUUGUGCUGUGCGUAUUUUUCAUCGUACUGCGAGUCAGUUGUUACUUUGUUCUGCGUUGGAGAGUUAAGGCGCAGAGAUGAAAAUGUUUGUAGUUUGUAGGCAUAUAACAGCGAACAAUGCAAUCAUGAAGAAGAAAAAUCAGCAGGGUUUCAUUUUUAGGUGUAUGUUGGGAUAUCCAGAGGCACCGAUACAUCGAUCAAAGUAUUGUAUGCAAAGGAUCUGGUAAAUGUGAAAGUAUGAAUGUAAUGUAGCGUACCUGCAGUUUGAAUUGAAAGGCAACACAAAUGAGGGAAAAACGUGAACAGUUUUAGUAGACAUAUGUUCAGAAAGGAACUGCUAACAUGUGGUUGAUGGUAUUUAUUCACAAGCAAUAAUAGUUCAGUGAAAAGUGCAACGACUUUCCAAACAGAAUUGUCUUACGGGGGCCUCCGUGGCCGAGUGGUUAAGGUCGCUGACUUCAAAUCACUUGCCCCUCAUCGAUGUGGGUUCAAGCCUCACUCGGGGUGUUGAAUUCUGCAUGUGAGGAAGCCAUCCAGCUGGCUUACGGAAGGUCGAAGGUUCUUACCGGGUGCCCGCUCAUGAUGAAAUAAUGCACGGGGGGGGGGGGGGGGGGGGG